AUGGGCUCCAUUGGGAACGAAGAGAAGGUCUCUCCGCCAAACGACCAGUUCUGGAAGAGCAUUCAAAACCAUAAGGCAGCAGAAAGUAUUUUGGGGGAGGCCCAGAAACAUGCCGAAGGUCACAAGCUUAGAGCUCAUGACAUGAAGGACGCUUCGGCUUUCGACCGCAAUCUAGAGGAAGUGCUUGAUCAACGACGCUCCUCUCAGAACUUGGCUGCAUUGCACCGAUGGGACCACGCAGUCGACUUCUCGUCCAACGACUUUCUUUCCUUGGCUACGAAUGGUAUCCUUCGUGAGGAAUUCCUCAAAGAGCUGUCUCGUAAUCCCGAGUUCAAACUUGGGAGUACUGGCUCUAGGCUUUUGGACGGCAACAGCCCUUAUUCGGAGGCACUGGAGCAAGAAAUUGCCGAGUUCCACGGCGGAGAGAGCGCCUUACUUGUCGCUUCGGGAUACGAUGCCAACUGUGCGAUAUUCUGCGCCAUUCCUCGACCAGGAGACGUUAUCGUAUACGAUGAGUUGAUCCACGCCUCUGUUCAGGAUGGCAUGAAAUACAGCUUGACCGAGUCGCAAAUCUCGUUCCGUCACAAUGACCCGACAUCGUUCAGAGACGUCCUUGAUGACAUUGAAGAAUCUCACCCAUUGGUUCGUAAAGGGCAGCGUUGUGUGUUGGUUUCUGUAGAGUCAGUCUACAGCAUGGAUGGAGACGUGUGCCCUCUUCAAGCGCUUGUCGAGAUCGCCAAAGAGGUCUUUCCCAAAGGCAAUGUGGAAUUCGUCGUGGAUGAAGCUCACAGUACUGGUCUGAUGGGUGUGAAUGGACGUGGACUGGUUUGCGACCUAGGUCUCGAGAAGGAGAUCGCCAUCCGCUUGCACACCUUUGGCAAGGGCAUGUCGACAACCGGCGCGGCUAUUCUAUCAAACAAGACCGUUCAGAACAUGCUGCUGAACUUUGCGCGGCCUCUGAUCUAUACCACGGCUCCUUCGUUUCCGAUGCUUGCCGCUAUCAAAGCUGGCUACACCCUCCUCCGGACUGGACAGCUCACGCCGUUACGGGAGAAUAUGCAGCGGCUAGUAAAACAUUUCUACGACAAGAUGACCGCUGAUCCUGAGUGGGCUGCCAUUACGAAAGCUGGAACAUGUUCCAUCCCACUCUUGAAUAAUUGGGAGGGACGAGACUAUAUUACACAAUUCGUUCCGGUCUGGACACGGGAGAAGUGAGCGAAAAACAACGUUCACGUUCGAACCAACGCUGAUUAAGCCGACAGAUACAACUAUUUCCUCUCCAUACACCUGUUGAAUGACAACUUCAGUGCUAUACCGAUCAAUCCUCCAGUCGUACCACGGGGUACUGGACGAGUUCGGCUCAUCAUACAUGCCGGCAAUACCGAUGAACAAGUCGAAGAGCUUGCAAACUCGAUCUUGACCUGGGCUAAGGAGAUGUACGCAAUAGAGACGGGGAAGACGAAAGGACGUUUGCCUGCUGUGGCGCAGAAGCUUCAGUUAUUGAUGUCUGCGAGCGGACACGACAUCUCGCCUAGGGCAGGCAAUCCUUUCAUGGAGUGA